GGAGGAGGAAGAAGGGUUGGGGGUGAUCGGCUAUGGUGGACGGUGUGGGUGAUGGAGGAGGAAGAAGGGUUGGCGGUGGUCGGCUAUGGUAGACGGGUGUGGGCAACGGAGGAGGAAGAAGGGUUCAGGUGAUCGGCUAUGGUGGACGGGUGUGGAUGAUGAAGGAGGGAGAAGGGUUGGGGGUGGUUGGUUAUGGUGGACGAGUGUGGGUGCUGUAGGAGGAAGAAGGGUUGGGGUGACCGGCUAUGGUGGACGGGUGUGGAUGAUGGAGGAGGAAGAAGGCUUGGAGGUGGUCGUCUAUGGUGGACGGGUGUGGGUGAUGGAGGAGGGAGAAGGGUUAGGGGUGGUCGGCUAUGGCGGACGGGUGGGGGUGAUGGAGGAGGAAGAAGGGUUGGGGGUGAUCGGCUAUGGUGGAUGGGCGUGGAUGAUGGAGGAGGAAGAAGGGUUGGGGAUGGCUGGCUAUGGUGGACAAGCGUGGGUGAUGAAGGAGGGAGAAGGGUUGGGGGUGAUUAGCUAUGGUGGACGGUUGUGGAUGAUGAAGGAGGAAGAAGGGUUGGGGGGUGGUUGGCUAUGGCAGACGGGUGUAGGUGAUGGAGGAGGGAGAAGGGUUGGGGUGAUCGGCUACGGUGGACGGGCGUGGGUGAUGGAGGAGGGAGAAGGGUUGGGGGUGAUUGGCUAUGGUGGACGGUUGUUGAUGAUAGAGGAGGAAGAAGGUUCGAAGGGUUGGGGGGAUCGGCUACAGUGGACGGGCGUGGAUGAUGGAGGAGGAAGAAGGGUUGGGGAUGGCCGGCUAUGGUGGACGGGCGUGGGUGAUGGAGGAGGGAGAAGGGUUGGGGGCGAUUGGCUAUGGUGGACGGUUGUGGAUGAUGGAGGAGGGAGAAGGGUUGGGGGUGGUCAGCUAUGGUGGACGGGUGUGGGUGAUGGAGGAGGAAGAAGGGUUGGGGGUGAUCGGCUAUGGUUGUUGGGCGUGAAUGAUGGAGGAGGAAGAAGAGUUGGGGAUGACCGGCUAUGGUGGACGGGCGUGGGUGAUGGAGAAGGGAGAAGGGUUGGGGGUGAUUGGCUAUGGUGGACGGUUGUGGAUGGUGGAGGAGGAAGUAGGGUCGAAGGUGACCGACUAUGGUGGACGGGUGUGGAUGAUGGACAAGGAAGAAGGGUUGGGGGCGACUGGCUAUGGCGGACGGGUGUGGGUGAUGGAGUAGGAAGAAGGGUGGAGGUGAUCGGUUAUGGUGGACGGGUGUGGAUGAUGGAGGAGGAAGAAGAGGUGGGGUGGUCGGUUAUGGUGGACGGGUGUGGGCGAUGGAGGAGGGAGAAGGGUUGGGGGUGAUCGGCUAUGGUUGACGGGUGUGGAUGACGGCUCGCUUGUUCCCGUGUCCGAUCUAUUCUGCCGCCCAACUCCCUACCCCUUAUGGCUUUUCUCGU